AAUCUGUUACUCGAUUAAUUCAAGUUUCUUCUUUACCUUCCUUUUUAAAAGAUGAUUUACAAAAAAAAUGUGCACAAAGGUUUAAUUUUUUAGGAUUUUUACAUAAAAUAGAUCUCAUUAAUGAUAUUAAUGAAGCAAAAAAUGAACAUAAAAAAAUUAGAAAUGAAAAUGAUAUUGAUGAUUAUCAAAAAGGAUUCCUUUUAAAUCUUAUAAAUAAG